AUGUCUCGGAGCGCUUUAGGAAGUCUGGCACUCCCCGGCGUGUUUGCCUUGAUCUCAUAUCUCGCCUAUGGAUCGCAAAUCCUUUUUCGCCACAUUGAGCCGCACGCUUUGGAACAGAAACAGGCAUUCAUCUUCAAUGCUCUGGUUGCUUGCAUAUGGAUCACCUACGCUCGAGCAUGCUUCACUAAUCCUGGAUGGGUACCGCCUGCCUGGAAUUCCAAUCACUCGGCUUCUGAGCAAUCACCGCCGUCUAAGAAGACGCUAAGAUGGUGUAGAAAGUGUGAAGCGUUGAAGCCGCCCCGAGCACAUCACUGCAAAAUUUGUCAAAGAUGUAUCCCAAAGAUGGAUCACCACUGCCCAUGGACUAUCAAUUGUGUCUCUCAUCGUACCUUUCCUCAUUUCCUCCGCUUCCUAUGCUAUGCAACGGCAUCAAUGGUAUACCUCGAAUACUUCAUCUACCUCCGAGUAGCUGUGGUUUGGACAGGACGUAAUCUUCCAAGCUAUCUCGGUCCUACUCCCACCCAGCUAGUCUUCCUGUUCAUAUUCCUGAUUGUAAACUCGCUCACUUUGUUCGCUCUUGCUAUCCUUCUGGCUCGUAAUAUCUGGUGCUUGGGUGGCAAUGUAACAACAAUUGAAGGAUGGGAGAUUGAACGACAUCAGACGCUCGUUCGCCGAGCUCGGGUCCUGGGAGGAUAUCUAGAUGGCCCAGACGGCAUGAGAGUCAAGAUUAGGAAACAGGAAUUCCCUUACGAUAUUGGAAUACUUCAAAAUAUGAGGCAAGGAAUGGGCGGUACUCCUUUGCUUUGGCUAUGGCCGUUCACGGCAACACCAUCAAUCGAGUCUGGCCUGGACUUUGAGACCAAUGGCUUUGAAGAUCCCUCUAUGUCGUGGCCACCCCCAGACCCUGACCGGAUGCCAAGGCUUAGCAAUCGGCCACCUUACGAACAACCGUUUGUCUACGAUGAAGCCUUGUCGACGACUCAAAACAACGUUGAUGCAUUUCGUAGAAGACAAGAGGAAGACCUAAAGCGAUAUGACGGAGGAGCCACUACUGCAAUUCGGCGCCGACCUUUCCAUGAACGCUACAGGAAUGGAGGCCAUGAUGAGGCGUCCUUUGCUUCCCAGCCAGUUGGAUCCGAUGAUUUGGCAGGCGGUGAAGAGGUUUGGCGAGAUUCAGAGGGAGACAGGUUGGAUGACUUCGGCGUUGACGAGGAUGCCGAAUUCUAUGACGAGGAUGACAUACCGUUGGCCGAGUUGCUCCGCAGACGACAUGAGCCUGCCCAUUAUAGUGACGGUAAUUGA